UUCGUGACGGAUGACGUGUCUGAGGACGGAGUCAGAUGCUGCUACGCAGGCAGCAGUUUCGGUAGCGCUUGUGCUUGGAUAUCACCAAUGUCUGAAUUCUGACACGCAAAUCGACAUUUCACGCAUGUAAAUACAGCUACCGAAUCCUUAACUAGUCGGUCGAGGCAAAAUGGUCGUGUUCCACCGUGUCCGUGUUGUAAUUGUGUUGCUUUUUGUGUGCGGGUCGCUGCGGGACGCGUUGAGUUUCUAUCUUCCUGGGUUGGCCCCGGUUAGCUUCUGUGAGAAAGAAGAGGGCGAUAAAAACAGCGACGUGCCUGACUGCAAGUCAGCAAUAGAGCUGUUUGUGAACAGGCUGGAUUCUGUGGAGUCUGUUUUGCCCUAUGAAUACACAGCGUUUGAUUUUUGUGCUGAUCAGUCCGAGAAGCGUCCAUCUGAGAACUUGGGUCAGGUGCUGUUUGGAGAAAGAAUCGAGCCAUCCCCGUACAAGUUUUCCUUCAAGAAGAAUUUGGAGUGCCAGAGUGUCUGUCUUAAAUCUUACAACACAGAGAAAACUGAGGAUAAGGCCAAGCUGGAGUUUCUCAAGAAGGGAAUGCUCCUCAAUUACCAACACCACUGGAUUGUCGAUAAUAUGCCGGUGACCUGGUGUUACGAUGUGGAGGACAAUCAGAAGUUCUGUAAUCCAGGCUUCCCCAUUGGUUGCUAUGUCACAGAUACGGGACGGGCCAAAGAUGCCUGUGUGGUCAAUGCUGACUUCAAUGACAAAGACACCUUUUACAUCUUCAACCAUGUGGACAUCACCAUUUUCUACCACAUUGUGGAGAACGAGGCUGCUGGUGCCAGACUGGUUGCGGCUAAAUUAGAGCCCAAAAGCUAUAAGCACACCAACUUGGAGAAACCAGACUGCACAGGACCUCCCAUGAGUCUGGGCAACAAGUUCAAUGGAGAUAUCAAGAUUCCCUACACUUACUCCGUCAAGUUUGUGGAGGACAAACUGAUUCGCUGGGCCUCUAGAUGGGAUUACAUUCUUGAGUCUAUGCCGCACACCAACAUUCAGUGGUUUAGUAUCAUGAACUCUUUGGUCAUCGUACUCUUCCUCUCGGGGAUGGUUGCUAUGAUUAUGCUCCGAACGCUCCAUAAAGAUAUCGCCAGAUACAACCAGAUGGACUCUGUGGAGGAUGCCCAGGAGGAAUUUGGCUGGAAGCUUGUUCACGGAGACGUCUUCAGGCCUCCCAGGAAAGGCAUGCUGUUGUCUGUGUUCCUGGGGUCUGGGACUCAGAUCUUCAUCAUGACGUUUGUUACUCUCUUUUUUGCCUGUUUGGGUUUCCUGUCACCUGCUAAUCGUGGGGCUCUGAUGACGUGUGCAGUGGUGCUAUGGGUGCUCCUGGGUACUCCAGCUGGUUAUGUGGCUGCCCGCUACUACAAAUCCUUCGGUGGGGAGAAGUGGAAGACCAAUGUUCUGUUGACAGCAUUUCUCUGUCCAGGAGUGGUGUUUGCUGAUUUUUUCGUAAUGAAUCUGAUUUUGUGGGGCGAGGGUUCAUCAGCUGCCAUGCCCUUUGGCACUCUGGUGGCCAUCCUGGCUCUGUGGUUCUGUAUCUCAGUGCCCCUCACCUUUAUCGGAGCAUACUUCGGUUUUAAGAAGAGUGGCAUUGAACAUCCUGUGCGAACCAAUCAGAUCCCCAGACAGAUUCCAGAGCAGUCCUUCUACACCAAACCUCUUCCUGGCAUCGUCAUGGGUGGAAUCCUGCCAUUCGGCUGCAUCUUCAUCCAGCUGUUCUUCAUCCUCAACAGCAUUUGGUCUCAUCAGAUGUACUAUAUGUUUGGCUUCCUCUUCCUGGUCUUCAUCAUCCUGCUCAUCACCUGCUCUGAGGCCACCAUCCUCCUCUGCUAUUUCCACCUGUGUGCUGAGGACUAUCACUGGCAGUGGCGCUCCUUCCUCACCAGCGGAUUCACAGCUGUUUAUUUCCUGGUCUAUGCCAUCCAUUACUUCUUCUCUAAGCUGCAGAUCAGUGGACUCGCCAGCACCAUUCUUUACUUCGGCUACACCAUGAUCAUGGCACUCAUCUUCUUCCUCUUCACAGGUCUGUAUGUGUGUAGAGUUAAGGUGCAGUCACUAGCGAAACUGCAGCAGAAUUUAGUGGGCAGAAGAGGUCCAUUAUCUCCCCUCAUGGUGAAAAGAUCUCCUGAGAUCUAA